UUGAUAAAGUGCAAGAAUAAGUAAAAUGUGGUUAGACAGCAUUAAGCGUUAAUUUAAUAAACGAGCUAUCAACACCCAACCCCUUCUACCCUCGUUUGGCAAGAAAAAGAAAAUCUGCGAAAAUGGAUUUGGAUGAAACAAGCGACAAUGGAAUUUCCCUUGGGUUUCCCGAAGUGGGCACCUGGAAUCGCACACACAAUGUUCCGCUGGAGAACAUGAAAAUCGAUGCACCCAUGAUAUGGCUGAUCUGCUCGCUGCUGACGACCAUCAUGUGGGUGACCUACAACAACUUUUACAACUCUCGAGUUAUUGGCAUGCUGAUCACAAAGAUCGCCAACCGCUGGUUUAUAAAGGGCGCCUACUUUAAGAUAGGAUCUGUAGCGAUUAAUCCGCUGGCUGGCAAAAUAAUGUUUAGAGACUUUGUGUACAUCACCUAUGAUUACACGAUGCGCGUGCAGGAUGGCUACUUCAUAUUUCGCUGGUGGCGUUCGUAUGUGCCCAAGGAUGUCUCCGAGGAUCUCUCGCACUCGGACACGCGUUUGUCUGUGCAGCUGAAUGUCUAUGAGCUGCACAUCUACAAUCGCUCCGAUCUGUACGAUAAGUUGGAGAAGACUUUUGGCUUGGAGCCCUCGCUGCUGAUACCCACGGAUGUGGUGAGCAAUGAGGAGCGUAAUAAGCUCAAGGAGCAUCAUAUGAAUCUGGAGAAUGCAAAGCAGAGCAAACGCGUGAAUAGCGUUAAGAACUCUGAAGCUAUGCAGGCCACCACCUGGCGAGAUUUAAUACCUGUUAUCAAAAUUGACAUCAGCUCAGGUCGCUUUGUCUUUGGCAAUCGCUUAACACCGACAACAUUGUCCAUAUCCAUGGAGGAGGCGCACUGCACGUACAGCACCAAGCCCGCAGUUUGUCCGCUCGAUAAUUUUAUGCACUUCGUCAAGGCGAAGGUGGAAAAUGCCAAAAUUUUAUUCUGCCCAAGUCCGAAAUAUACGGGUUUAAUUGACGAACCUCCACGCUAUAUGGGCGAGGGUUUUGUGGUUAUGAUGUCCAACCAAAUGGACUUGUAUUUCUAUAUGGAUGAGCCUGGAGUUGUGCCAGAGGAGCCGGUCCAGAUUCUCUUGGCCAACGGCGAUGAAUCGGAGCCGUCGCCGCCCGUUUGGGGUAUCAAUGCACAUUGCCUGAAGGGCACAGACUUUAGCUACGGCCCCUGGGCAGAUAGACAACGCGAUCAUCUCUACAGAUACUUCUAUCCAUCCGAUUGGAAAGAAGCCGAGGUAACACCGACACCUCAGCCAGGUGAACUGCGCACCUAUCAAUCGUUUGAUGUAACGCUCUGUGUGCUGAAUGAAGCCACGAUUGACAUACUCUUCUCGAAAGAGAAGGAGACAAAUGCCAUGCAUAUAACCGUGGGCCCCGCCUCCUAUGUGGAGGUGACCAUACCCUGGGUGACCCUAGCCGAUGGCUAUACCUCCAAGAUUCAGGGUCAACUGUUCCACGUGGAGGCCACAACCUCACUGCAAUAUCGCAGCUUGGCAGAGUUCGAAUCGUUGGAGUAUAAAGUGCGAAUCCAUUAUCCAACCAAAUGGAAUGCGCCGCAGGAUUGGAACAUCUCGCUGGCUGGCUGCAAGACAACAGCGUUUAUUGUGUAUAAGCACAAAUGCUUCUUCCAGGAUCUCAUCGAGGAUUGGGCGAAUAAAGCUAGACCCGAUAUACUUAGCUUUGUGCCCUACACUUGCAAUUUUAAUAUACGUUUGAACGAAUUCGAGAUUCUAAUGCUGUGCAACGAAUACAAUUGGAUCGACUGCAGCAGUGCGAAUCAGGAGAACAAUCAUUUGGGCUUCUGUGGCGAUGUCUUUGAGAUGAGCUUUGCGCUGCCCUUCGAUGAUUUUCUACCCAAGACUGUGACGCUCAAGUUCUGGAUACAUGGCGAAGGUCUCGACUUGAGUUUGUAUGUGCCGGAGGUAUCGUCCGUGCGACCCAUUGUCCUAGCCAUAGAUGAGAAUGCAAGACUGUUAACACGCGAAGGCAAACUAAUCAGACGCCCAGAGCUCUAUACGAAAAAAUGGCGCAAGAUUUGCCAACGCAGCGCCGGCUGGAUCGAUUGCUGGGCAGUGCCCAUAUUGGCACUGUCUAUCCAAUAUGUUUACCAUCCGGUGCCGCCGCUGGGGCCUGAUCCACAAGCGGAUAUCACGACGCCCGAAAAGGAGGAGAUUCUACUGAGUCCAAUGCGCAUACCGAAAGUAAGAAAAUCUCCUGUUAGCAAUAGUUGGCAGCAGGCACAGCAAAUCGAGCAGCAGCAAAAUAAAUUCGAUCCGGGCACUCUGACUGCGGAUCAAGUUACAGUGGAGUUGGAGAUCGGCAGCUCGGUGCUGAUGGCAUAUGGCAAUGUGCUGCGAAAUUUUAUCAGCCUCAAGGAGAAUAUAUUUGGCGAGGAUCAGAGCUUCACGGACAUGGAGCAAUCGAAUGUGAAUAAUGUAAAGGAGCCAGGCGCUGCUCCAAAUCCGAAAGAUCAACUGCUGGCCAAGGAAAAGGAGCUGGCCAACAAAUCCAUAUCAGAGACAGCUCCACCCGAAGAGAAGCGCAAACCGUUCGAUCCACGGCUCUAUCGCCCACUAGAGGUCAUGGUAUCGGUCAUAGUACAUGACAUUCAAGCACACGUGAUGAAGAACUGCAAUCCAGAUGAUCCGCCUUGCCCGGUGGUGCUGAUCGAACGCUUCGGCUUCGAGAUGGACAAACGUUAUCAUGAGACAACGCUGCAAGUGCUUGUCAGUCCCUCUUAUCUGCUCACAGCCGACACGCUGCAGCGCCAGCAGCGUGAGCAGCACAUACAGCAGGGUCAUCUGCUGCUCUCUGCUGUCCAGGUGCGAGGACAUGCAAUGUUCAGCAAUGAGGGCUGUGCCUUGGAUGAGGAUACCCUAGAGUAUUCGUGGCUAGUUGAAGUGCAGCUGGGCAAGCUGACGGGCAAGUUGACUCUGCCACAGCUGGUGAAUGUCGUCACUGGCUUGGAGACACUUGUGCUGCUUGCCAUUGAUCCAGAGAACUGCUUAAAAUCGCCUAAAACCGUUCGUAACUGUCAUCAUGGGGUGCCCAGUAAUCUGUGCCCGCACACCAAGGAGGAGAACAAGUACAAAUGCCCAUCCUCUGAGGACAUCAAAUACAAGAUGACGCGCGUUUCGGUAGAUGCUGUGGACGUUUAUCUCAUUGAGAGCGGCACGGCUUUGCAUGCUUGGAUCUCACCUAUACGACUAGCAAAUUGCAAUUUGCACGGCCAACGCGUCAAAUCUGGCAUCUCGGGUCUGUUGCCCUCAAUUCUGCUUCGGCUCUUCAUGCUCCAUGCAGGCAAUGCACCCAACAGCAGUUACAAUACGAAUACGACGGGCAGCAACCGAUCGGGCAAGCUGCGACGCGCUGAUCAGGACUCGCUCAAGUCGCAGGAUGUGCCCAACAGUGGGCAUUACGCCACGCAUAAGCCCACCAGUAAACGCAGCUCCAACUCAUUCUCGCAACGUCGCGACUCGCGCGAAGAUUCGGCACGCAGCAAACUGCGCGAUAGUGUGGAUGCUCAUGCAAAGCGCACGCCGCAAACAUCGGAGCUCUGCGAGAAUUGGGUGGAGGUGGGCUGCACCUCUUUGGGUCCCAUACUGUUAGAAGGCGCCUCUGCACUGCCCAUACCUGAUCAUGAGCUGCAUCUCGUGCAGCACAACUUUCUGCGUGAACACGAUGCCAAGUUUAAGCGCUUGUGGUUCCUGUGGACAAACAAUGGUAGUGCUCUUAGUUCCGGCUCGGAAACAUCGCGUUGUGGUUGCAUUGGUGGCUGCGCCUUCUUUGGCAGCAAUCGAAAUGGCCAAAAGUUCUUCAAGCCCACGGCCCAAGAUGUGAAUGACAAUUAUAAUAUAGCGCGUUAUUUCAUCAUCAACAACAGCAAAGAUUUUGGCUUUGGCGAGAGCAUUCUGCAUCAGGGCCAGCUGGUCUUCCACACGCCACCUUAUAGCCUACACUGCGUUUCGCUUUAUGACGCGGCCGACUUCAAUGGCAAGGGUAAGCUGUACAGACCCGCGAGUGAGAUGCGCAAUGGCAGCUUAAAGAAAUCGGAGCUUGGCUCGCUGCCCGAUGGCACUAAAUUCAAAAUUGGAGCUGGUGCAGUUGACAAACCAGAGCUUAACAGCAACCGGCAUAAGUCUCGCGAGAGCAUUGGGUCACCGAACACCCUGGAGCGACGCAGCAAGCGUUAUACAUGCACAAGGCAGACCUCUGUGGAGGUGCCGUACGCGCGCCUGCUGGACAGCCCGUCCAAGAAACUGCAAUUGCAGCACGAGUCCAUGGAGAGGGAGACAAACAACGCCAUCAGCCAGCAAAGACGCGGCUCUGAUUCGCACAGACUACGUGUAUCGCCCCCCAAGACAAGCAUAUCCGACUCUAGACUGACUGGCGAGGUGGCUCUAGAUGAUGAACAGGAGAUUCCCGACGAGAUGUCCCACUCGGCGCCUCAUUCGCAUCCACUGGAAUUUGAGAUAGCGGACAUUGUGCUGCAUGGUGGAGACCAGUUGACGCGUGAAGUACAGCGCACCAUAUCGCUAACCUCCGAGAAUCCCUCAGAGAUGUUCUUCUCCGCCGAGGAAGACAUAUCGAAUGUUAUGUCACAGCGCGGCUCCAUGAAGCAGCGAAGUGGCACUGGCUCCAUCAUUUUAUCGGGUAGAAAACGUUUCUCCUCUGAUUUCAGCAUUGGCGCCCAAAAUGAAAAUGGCAGCCACACUCUGCCCACCUAUCGAAGCGAUCUGGAGAUUCAUCCAUCCGAGAGCAACAAAACGCUGCCCAAGCGACCACAGAGCACAACAGAACUGAACGAAGACGCGAGACGCAUUCACGGUCUUGCCACACCUAUAAGAAAAUUAACAAAUAUAUCAUCACGACCCGAGUAUCGACAUUUUGUUCACGAUGCGGACUCACGUGGCUCGUCGUCGGGCACACCCUCGCUCUCAUCGAACUCGUUUAUAUCGGCCAUGUCGUCGCAGGAGGAUGUGGCUCUGGUCAAUUUGCAUCAGCAGGUCAAUCGACCCAUCAUCGAUUCGCCUCUCCUGAUGGCCAGCUAUUUAAAUCACUUGUCGCAGGUCAAGUGCUUCAAUUGGAAUGGCUGCUCAUUUCCACUCGGACCGGAUGUUUUCUCCACACCGCUCUUCCACGAGAACGAAGAUGGAGGUCUCACUUACAUUGGCAGCAAAAUGUUGCCACAUUUCGAUUUGUAUUCGUGUUGGCGGGAGAUCAAAGUGGUGCCACGCUAUGAGAACUCCACUGGCAGCAACAGCUCGGCCACAUUUAUGGGCGGCCCUAAAUCGCAUCCCUGGGAUCCCAGUGUUCUGCUUAAGGAGGAGGAGACGGAUAAGACGACAAAUGGUUUCGAUGACGGCGAAUUCAUGAGUCUUCAGUCGGAAGGCGGUGCGGCGUGCACCUCGGUUGUGGCUAGAUUGAAGGGACAGCUCAAUGUAUUCCUUACGCCCCUUCUACUGGAGGGACUACAAAGAAUGGUUGAGGCUGCCGUACCAACAAUCCAGUCAAUGCAUCUGCUCUCUGUUGUAAACUUUAUACACGCCUCUUGCAUAGCGAAAGUGAAGAACGACAAUAUCUUAAAGCGUGAUCAGAGUCUCAGCUACUGGUCACAGGUGCACUCGAAUUCCAAGCGCUCGACAACCGAACGACAUCUGCAGGGACCCGGCGACUCUUUUCUGAGCGAUGUCUAUGAGGAGAGCAUUUCGACGAAGACUCAGGGAUUGAUUGUCUUGCCCAAGGUGAGCAUCACAAUGCUGCAGUCGUCAAUUGUGGAGGAGAUUAUAUCCGUGGCAGCACUCGACAAUGUGCAGGAUCUCAGCUGUGUCUCGCUACUUACGUUCUACAUGGAGGGCAUCUCGACUAAAUUUCAUUUAGGUAAAACCACACGAGCCUCAAUGCAUAAUGUCUAUAUACAGCAGGCCGUGCAAUCGGGCAGCAGUCAUAAGAAAGGUGGCAUUAUGAAGGGCACUCGUGCGUUGCUCGCUCAUCUCUCCUCGCAAACGAGACCCGACAAUGUGCAAGGCGAGCCGAUACUCAUUGAGACCUCGGAGAAGCAGCUGGAAGAGCUAGUAAUUACACUCGAUAUUGGUCGUGCACAUGCGCAGCUACGUCGCCUUAAGACCGAGGGGCAGUCGUGUGCCCCAGAGACUCCUAUUAUUGUGACUGCCAUACCGGAGCAUAAGAGCAAGGUGCUCUUCGAAUGCCUGAAGAUGCCCGAGAGUACAGGCAUUGAGAGCAUUGGCUACAUUAUGUUCGAGUGUGGCUUAGAAGGAGUUGGCGUUAAGAUUGUAAAGCGUUCGCAUUUCGAGAAGUCGGAGAAUAGCAAAGAAGAGCUAGCUGAGAUGACAGCUGGUGCAGAGGGCGUUGCCUCUACAGGAGGUGGCUUUAACCUAACCGAACUGGUUGGGGGUUCAGGUGCUGAAGCCGCAACUUCAUCGGCAGAUGCAAGUGGUGCUACCUCGAAAGCCGAAGCAGCUUGGCGUUUGAUUACCAAAAAGCCACCAACACCUAAAACACCCAAAGAGAAAUUCCCGCAUGCGUUGGAUAGCAAUAUUGCCAGCGAAGGUGGUGCAGAGCAGACACGCAAAGCGACACCAAAACAGCCGGCUGAUGAGGAUGUGGAGAAAGGAGCAGCGGGCAACUCACAGACAUCAGGCACACAAAAGCCAGGCACCGCUGCGAAUGCAGCGAAGGAUGGCUACGACAAGGCGCUCUCGAAUGUCAAAGGCACUGACAAAACCUCCUCCUGUGUAAUAGAGUUAAAGUCUGUGUGGUUUAACUUUGCGGCGCCUCCUUGUGUGCCAAUUACACGUAAAAUCGAUUUGACGCGCUUGGAUUGGAAUCUGUUGAGCACUGCCUCGCCGGCCAUAACGGCUUGGAUGAAUCCCAGCAAUCGUCUAGCCAUGAAAAUUGUGUCCCUGAUGAAGGUGCUGCAUACAAGGCAAACGGCAGUUGCUGCCUGCCUCAUGGCGGAUGCCAUGGAGAAUGAGAAGAUUCAACGGAAUCCAAAGAUAAAGAAGAGUCGCUAUGCGAACAACUAUACGCUGUUGUCGAAGACCUUGCAGGAGGAUCCCAGCUGUCAGCUUUGCUACAUUAUGCAAAAGCUAGUCUUGGAUGAAGGCGUGCAGCGCAUUGAGCAAAUUUUCAAGCACGGCGAAGUGCCCCAUUUGAAUACGCUUCGGCAGGGUAUCAUUGUAUUAAGUCGUCAGUGGAAGAACACCUUGUAUAAUCCCAUAUUGUUUGAGCAUCAGUAUAAGAAUAAAUUGGCUCGACCGAUCAAUGUGACAUUCUCCUUUCCACAAAACGAAGAGGAGUGCGAAGCGGAUGAGUGUGAAGGUGAUGUUGAAAUGGGCGCCUAUGCAGGCGUCGGCGAGCAUCCGGAAGAGAGUGAGAAUGCUUUAUUACUUGGGCAAACACAGCAUCAUCGAACUCACAUUGACAAUUCACAGUAUGGGGGCAUGUCCUAUGCUCAGGAAACAGCGCAUCAUGGACCAGCAUCCCAGAGAUCGGCUUCCACAUCGCCCAAUAUACAUCACACGCGUCGUGGUCUGGGCAAAGUGCACAGCAAAGCCUCGAAUUAUUCACAUGGCAAUUCGUCUCGUUCCAGCAUACAAAUGCUGCCCAUUAUAUCGGGCUUAGUGGAGAAACAAGUGCCAGAGUUUGAGUAUGGCGCCCUGCAGGAGGGUUCGCUGAGUUCAACAAACUCAGUGAAUAAAUUCUGGCUGGGUGCUGAAAAUCACAAGGAGGAUUUGUACUUCUGGAUGGCCAAGCAACAGGAUAAUAACAAAAAGAAAGAACAUUCUACUGAAAAGGAACAUGCACGUCCAGCUCCACCUAAGCUUCAUGGUCAUCCACAGGCGAGAGGCACUAUUAUGCAGGACUCCAUUAAGCUGCUGGAUGCGCAUUUGAUCUUCGAGCCGCUGCUCACGUGCUUGGGCGUUAUGCCACAGCAAAUGAUCAAUAAGUUCUCAAACGCAGACAUCUCUUCGCUGGAGAACUUUGGCACGAAUCUCUCGCUCAUUGGCACCUUUGAUUCAAUACGCGUAGACAUUGUGGUCAGUGAGGCUGGCGAUAAGAAGAACAAUACUAAUACUAAGCCAGCCAAGCUCAGUAAGAAAUCGAAUGGCGCACGAGCCUCUAUCAUGAUGGACACGCCGCUCUUUUUGUGUGAACGAGUGGGCGUUGAGUUGGAGGUGUUGAAAAUGUCCGAUGGCAUGGUCGAUCAGGCGCGUCAGAAUGUCAUCUACAUGUCCAGGCGGCAGCUCAAGAAGCACACGAGCACAGUCAUCAACUUCAGUCUUAAUGUGCGCUUCAUUUCGCAGCAGGUGAAUAUGCCGCUGCUUCGACUGCUACAUCAGAUCUGCAAUAUGUAUCAGAAUGUGAAGGAUGCUCAGAAUGAGUUUCACGAGCAUCCCGACUUGAGCAAGAAGAGCCAGACCAAAGACGAAUGUAGUCUAGCCUCCGAACCAACGGAUUUGUUGCCCUUUUCGGAACGCUUUGCUGGCCCUGGCGAAAGCUUUUCGGAUGAGCGCUAUGACAAAUUUAACGAGACCAUGCCCACAAUGCCAGCAGGUCGUAAUCGUCCCAUUAUACAGUUAACUCCAUCGCCCAAUGCCAAGAAUCGACCGCAGAGCUUUGCGCAAAAGCUGCGUUCCACGGGCAAAUCCGUCAAGGGCAAACUGGGCUACACCAACCUUAAUGAGUCCAGCUCUUCGCCCCUGCGAGACAGUCCCACCAUGUCGUUCCACGAGCAGCACAUCUUGAAGCUUACCACAGAGUCGAAGGCAUCGCUGAAUGGUGGCUGCGCUACGAGUGUCAGUGGGGAUUACAAUAACACGCUCACCAAGUCGGCGCCGCUGCUAGAGACACCCAACUGCUGGAAGACAAUCUAUCAUCUGCUAGAGUUGUAUGGCACCAUGCCGGAGACCAAGACAGUAGCGCAGCGGAGUUCGCUGAAUGAGCACAAGAAGGCGCCUCCGAGCUUCGGCAACAACGACGAGGACGAUCUGACGAAUGCACCAACACCUUUGCCACAGCAUCGCGAGAUGAUGCUGGUGGAUGGGGUACCACCAGAGCGAACGCGCCUAAUUGUCUUCGGCGUGGCCAAGAUACACAAGACCCGAUUGUUGGCCACGCUGUCCGGUCUAAAACUGGAGUCUGAGAUUACCACGCUGAAUAGCACGGCUACAUGGAGAAAGAAGGCCAGACCUGUGUCAUUGGAAUGCUCGCUCACUGGCCAGGUGGGUCGUGCUAUGAUUGUAUUACUCGAGGGUGUGGCGCCCAGUCAGCAAACGGUUGUCAAGGUUACAGUGGGCAAGAGCCAGACGCUCUACUCGAGUCUUUCAAAGCGGGGCAAGGAUAAGAACAGCGGCCUACUCUCUAUUGGACCCGUUAAUAUAGACAUACCUCAGCAUCCAGUGGCUCUACACGGCAUGAUGACGCGCAGCUCGAAGCAGCUGUCUUCCACGUUGCAAGAGCUGCGUGUGAAACGCAAUUCGGGAAGAUCUACUUUACGAUCUCAUACAGCGGAAGAGCCAGAUUCGCCAUUCCAUGCGCGCAAUUCGGGUGGAGCAGCAAGCGGCGUGGGCACUGCCAGCGAAAUGCGUGAGAGAACAAUUUCUGGUGGUGCACAGCAGCAGCCGCAAUAUGCAGCAAGACGAGCUGCCCGCCUAGCUCAAUCCAAGCCUGCGACAGCAUCAAAUGGCUUGCUUCAACCGCUCGUCAUGCAAUUCAAUGUGCUCUUACAGAGUCUGUCCAUCAAUGCAGCAUUGCUGCCCUCGCUGCAGGCGCAGUAUCGCAUGAAUCAUGUCAGCUCGAUGGGUGUCACGGGGCAGCGAGCAAAGUUUGUCAUUGAUUUGCCCACGCACACGCUGAGCUUUAAUACCAAGAUACAGAACGAAAUGAAUCUGCCUUCGGAGGCAUGCAUUGGCCUACCACCCGUGCAUGUUGUAGCAGAAUAUAUACCUGACAAUCGACAGGAGCAUACGGAGAGCAUUGAAGGCAUUGUUUUACGACAGGGCGGCUAUGUGAAUGCCAGCGCUGAGAUUGGCGAAUUCGAGCGCUGCUUAACCACAGAUCUUCUCAAUCAUUUGGUCUUCGUGCAGAAGGUGUUCAUGAGAGAGAUCAACGAGGUUCUCCAAAAGGUCUAUGGCGGGGAGAAGCCAGUUCCUCUGUGGACCGAGGAGAGUGGCGAUAAUGCCAGCGUACAGGAAUCGACGCUAAAACGCAUUCUGUUCUCCAUCAACAUAUCCAUGAAGCGCAUACAACUAACAGCCACCACACCUUGUUCUUCAGCUGUGCGCUUUGAAACAGGCACAUUAGAGUUGCAGCUCUCGAAUCGUGUCAAGAAUUUGGGUGACAUGAGCAAUCGCAAAUUGUUCUUCAAAGCCCACAUCGAUUUUAAUCUGUCACUGGGCCAGAUCAUUAGGAAUGUGAUCUUUGAUGAGGCUGAGCCAGAGUUUCAGCAAUAUGCCUUUUUCCAUACGACCAUCGGUCUGCGUAACGCUUUCCAGGAUGAGCUGCUCAACGAAGACAAGGAGCUCAUAUUGCUGACGCUAAAGCGUCCCCUGGUCUACGUACAGCCGAUAGCCGUGGACAAGGCCAUAUUGGUCUGGUUGAACUACAAAAAUGCCUACGAAUAUUGGGCCGAGAAACGGGCGAAUUUGUGCUACGAACAUACAGCCCAAACCACUCAACAGGUCUUUGAUCGCGUGGCCUUUGGUCAAAUAGCCAGCUCCAAUUUGUCCACAUUAUUCCUGCAACUAACUGUGGAAGAUAUGGGCAUCUGUUUGCCUCUAAAGCAAGUCAAUGCAAUGUCCUUUGGCUCGCGUUCGUAUCAGGACUUUGAUGCCAAAGGCGCUGUGGUCAUCACCUUGGAGAAUACCAUCAUAUCGGCCUGUAAUUCCGGCUCCCUAGUCUCCAAGGGCAAAUUUCAGGGUCUGUGUUUGCGCUUUGCAGAUGAUUUCGAGACCAAUCUGGAUGACUGGAAGCCGAGUAGCGUGGAGCCCAUUAUGAAUGUGUGCGUCGUCUCUGAGGGCACCUUUGAGGUUUGCUCCCGCACCACAGCCGCCAAGAAGGGCGAGAAUGCCAAGUGGCUGUUGAAUGUGAAGUGGCAGAUGGAGGGCGUUGACAUUCAUUUAGAUGUGAACAUUGGCAAGCAGCUCUCCUCGCUGGGCCACACGCUCACCAUGCUCACGGGCUUCGAAGAAGACGACACGCAAGUGGAAUCACCCGAUAGCGAUGAAGGCGAUCAGAGCAGUCGGGAUACGUAUGUCCGAAGGCGUGCGGAAUUCGAUAAUCUGCCCGCCUUUGUAUUCGACCCGACUAUUGACUCGAAGAAGCGCUCAUUCAUGAUGGAGAAGGAGAUGGCUGAGCAGUUGAAGAUUAUAAAUGAUUUGCGUACAUUGGGUGCUUCUCAUAAUACGGUUGCACACGAGGAGCGACGCUUGCAGGAGCUGCAGGCCAUUUGCUACAAAUACUUCCGUCGUGACAUGAUACAAAAGUGGAGGAAGCCGUCGCUGCGGCGAUCUCUAAAGAACUACGGUCGGUCACAUUCGUAUAUAGGCAGUGGAACAGUACCAGGCGUGCCGGUAGCUAGGGAACUGCCCCUCGAUAAUGGCAGCAGUCACAGCUACGCGGGCAGACGCCUAGAUACGAUUGCCUCCAAUGAUGAAAUCUCUAGCCUGCAAAGCACGCCCGCUUCCUGUCACUCACGUAGCGCAUCCUUUAAGACGGGCGUAGGUCGUGUGACCUUCACAGAUGCCAUGCGACAGACAUCGCUGCCGAAUGCAGACACAGACACAGAGACCGCUGACAACGAGCUGGAUUGGCGUGGCAGCAUCCAUGGUGAUUGCACGCCCAGCGAAAUGGAUGUGGAUGGCACCUCAGUAGAGAUGCGACGCAAGCAUGCACAUGCCCAUGGCCAAAAACAACAGCCAGAGCCAAACAUUGAUUUCGAACUGGAUGUCAAGGUGCUUGUCAAUUCGGGCAAGUGCGUCCUCCACACCAAGGAGAACAACAGCGGCGAGGAACGUGCUGCCUAUGCAGCUGGUGGGGCAGCUGCCUCGAGUGUGAAGUCGCAUAAGCGCGAACGCAGCAUUGGCAACGAUUGGGGCAGUCCCACGCCCUCGCGUCGACAGCGAGAUAAGAGUAAGCUGCGUUUCAACGCCAGCUCGCAUAAUAAUGCGCUGCUCGCAGAUCUCACCAUCUUUCAUAUACCCGGCCUGGACGUCAAGCUGCACUAUCAAUCACGCACGCUAGCCGACUCCAACGAGCAGCCAUCGACACCAGCAAACGCAUCAGCUAUGCCACAUAUGCGACGCUUGGGCAACAAGCGAGCCACGCUGAGCGCCUGGAUGACGUUGCAGAGCAUACCAGAGGAGACAAUCCUCUCGCCUCACAUACUAGAGUUCCUCGAGCAAACUCUAGAGCCCAUACCCGCUCGACAGGCCAACAGCGUGCCAGUCACGCCCUCGCAUACAGCAGCUGUUAAUCUGGAUAUAUUGCCUGCAAAUUAUGCAACCUAUGCAUCAUUUCCCGUCGAUGUCAUCGUUUACUUCCACAUGCAGCCGUCCACGUUUAGAUUUAGCUGCCUGCCGGUUUCUAGAGUGGAGUGCAUGCUGCAGCUGCCCAGUUUGGAUAUUGUUUUCAGCUCCAAGCGCAGCGGUGAUGAACAGGAGCAGCAGCAGCAACCGCAACAACAGCAGCCACACACAAGCCAAAGCCAUGCAGAUCAGCAGCUGCCCACUGGCGGGCUAAGUGUUACAGGCUGCCUGGCGGACUUUAAUGUCUACAUCUUUCAUCCAUAUGGCGGCAAGAAGACCUCCAAGGAGACCCAGUUCUCGCCGCUAAGCGACAGCGAACGCAAAGAUUCGCUGAGCAUCAAUGUGGAGUUCGUUAAAUUUCACAUUACGCGCUGCCGCAAAGUUUACAUUGAGCCGUUGCCCAGUUCGAAGCGUGCGCUGGAUCAAUCUCGUGCUGUAAUACGCUUUUCCACUAUUGUUGACAUUGGCAGCGCGAGCUUUAAGUACGAUAUGCGACGACUCACUGAGAUUUUGGCCUUUCCCAAGGCCUGGUACAGGCGACGCAUUGUGCGACGUCUAUUCCUGGGUGAUCUAAGUGUGCACCAGCAGCAGCAGCAGCAACAACAGGCGGGCGCAGAAACGCCAACGCCAGCCACGCCAACGCCCACACCCAGCGAGGGUCGCAGCAAGGACAAACUACGUCUGGACUUCGAGGGUCAACAGGCACAGCAGCAACUGGGUCACUUUGGCGCUGUGCGUAAGCUGAAGUCGUUGGGCAAGUCGUCCAGUGCUGAAUCGUCCGGUACGCCGCCCUCUGAAAAGAAUCAAAUAACUGCCUGGGAAACUUUGGUCAUCUUCGCGGUCAACUUCACCAAGCUGAAUGUGCAAAUGAAUAUAGGCAAUGUGUGUGGCAAUGUGGUCUGGCUAACCAAGGAUUUUCGCUCGGAUGGUCGCCUAUCUAUAGGCAGCACCGGCUAUAAGAAUAUGUAUGCAGGCAUCUAUUUGGGUGGCUCGGCACUGGAUGCCAAGGGUGGCAUUGUUGGCGGUAGCUUUGAAGUAAACAAGAUCAACAAGCGCUUCCACAUCAAAGAGGAAUCUGGCAUGGAGCCGUAUCAUACGCUGGGACUUAGUUUUAUGGCAUUGGAGCUGCGCUUGGACUACAUGGGCACUUCGGUCCUGAUGACACGUAUCAGCACCUUUGCUGCGGCCAUGAAGGACGAAUGGCGCACAGCAUCGCAGGCUGCAGCCUGUGGCAAGGAUCAGCCACGUGCUCUGAUCUUUAUACACGGCGAUCUCAGCUGGGAUCAAUUGCAGAUCAUGAUAUCCAAGUCGACGACUGCGGAUCUUAUGAAAAUGUACUUCAAGCUUGAAGAGUUCUUUACCCAGCAAUUUAAGUCUUCCAAGCGGGUGUUCUCCAGUCUAGAGCCGCGUUUGCAGGAUCGCACGGCGAGCAUCAAGCGCCGCCAGCAGCUGAAGAAGAAGCCCAAUGGCGAGCUGCCUCCAGCAGCAGCUGCUCCCAAUUACUGUGGUGUGGACAACACGGAUGCACGUCAUCAUCGUCAUUGGCAGAAGCCACUUGCACAGGCCAUUGGCUUGGUGGUACCAUCGCUGGUGACGCGCCUGCCACGGCAUGGCAAUGUGCUUGGCGGCACUGUGGAUCUGCGUGGUCAGAACAUUUCUCUCGCUUGCUUCCACGGCAUCAACUUCAAGUCGAAAGCUUGGGCACUGUUUAGUCUGAAAUCACCUUCCAUCAAUUUUGCAACUGAGGCGCGACAGCUGGAGGACUCCAGUGAGGUGCUCGUCACCCAGACAUUAACGUCCUGCCUGGGCCAGACGACAGAGGUGCAGCAGCAACAGAAUCACUCCAUGGCCAUUGUCAGUCGCAUCACACGCAACAUCAUCUUUCCACCUCAAUUUAAGACCCUCAACGAAUGGUUCCAUUAUGCAUUUGCCAACAGCGAAAUUGAUGCUGUGGAUCGCUUCCCCAUGCUGGAGUGUGAGCGGGAGAUAGCCUCCAAUUCAAUUGAACGUACGCGUGCUUCGGGCAGCAGCAGCUCGGCUAAAUCGCAGGAGCACAAUCACAAUCGCGAGGUUAUCUUUGCGCUGCCCAGCCUUCAGCUGUAUUUCAAGACCGAGCACAAGCAAGGACCCAGCACACCAGAGCCAACUGAAACGAAACCUGAAGUUUUGUGCAGCUUUAUAACAGAGUUUGAUGAUCACAUAUUUGUCACUGUGGAUGCAGAUGCCUUUUUCUUUCUGCAUGAUCUAAUCACCUCGUAUGUGACUGAAAAAGAAAAAGUGCUUGGUGCACAAUCGGCGCGCGCCGCUUCGCCAAACUUGUCGCAGAAGGCGAGCCUAAAGCCAUAUUUAACAGAUGACAUACUCAAGGAGAAGAAGGGUGCUUCCAAUACGAAUUUGACCGUACAGAGCCAGCACCUGAGUGGCAGCAAGAGCAGCCUGGAGCCACUGCAGGGCAGUCAUACGAAUCUGAAUACGGCAACGAAUACUGCCACAACAGCAAACACUGCGACAACAACAACAACUACGACAACGACAACAGCAACUACAACGUCAGCAACAACGCAGCCGACGACAACAGCAAAUGCAGCUGCAAGCGAUGUUAAGGAUGGAAAUGCACAGUCAAAUGCCGCAAAUCCUGAAGCCGGUGCACAGCUGCCCAGCUUUGAUAUUGAAUCGUUUGUGCGCGAUUGGCGACACUUUGACUGCCAAACUUGGCAUCUGGAGCCGACGGUACGACUACUCUCCUGGGCUGGUAAAUCCAUCGAGCCGUAUGGCGUGGACUAUAUACUCAAUAAGCUGGGCUUUAGUCAUGCGCGCACCACCAUACCGAAGUGGUUGCAGCGUGGCUUUAUGGAUCCACUGGACAAAGUGGAGGCGCUGAUGAUGCUGCAGCUGCUGUUAAUGGUGCGCGAGAAUAAAUCGGAAGCUGGCCAAUCAAAACAGCAGCAGCAGCAGCAACAGAAUCAUAAUCGACCAGCUCCGUGAGAGCAACUCAGCCAUGACAAUUGACCAAUUUGUAUGUCGAUUAAUAAUUAGCUUUAUUCGCAUUGUAUAUCGAUCUUGUUGUAAUAUUUGUAAUUUGUGUGAUUUGUGUGACGAUUUCUUGAUCUAACCAUCUCUAUGUUUUGCAUAGUAAAUUGUUUUAUUAGACUCAAGUUAUUCGUAUUAUUAAUAUUAAUAUUAUAAUUAGCUAAUCGG